AUGAAACCUUAUUAAACGUGUCGAUUGAUUUUAACUUUGGCUUUCUUGUGCUUUGCCUCAAACAAUCUUUCUAAAGAACUACAACUCAUUACUGAGUUGGAAACCCAAUUGCUUAUGAAUAACCCUGACAACCUGCCACACACAUACUUCUUGUUAAUUUGCUAUUAAAAGGAUAUCAAGUGUGCAGAUGGGGAUGAAUAGGUAUUAGCUGCACUAGAUUAGCUGAAAGCCUCAAACUUCCCAUUUGAAGAAGUGAUUAACUCCGAGUUCAAGUUUAGAAGAGUUGAAUGCAUCAGAGAUUAUCAGAGAAAGCUUUGCCAAUUACUUGGUCAGAAUCACUAUCUUAAGCCUGUAAGAAUAUAGAUAAUAGGAUCAGCCAAAAUACAUAAGGAAACACCUCUUAAUGUGAAUGAUAUCAAAAUUACAGUAGAUGAGAAGGCAAAUAAGCAAAUGGUAGUUUAUAAGUUCUCUAGCCCAAUUCAAAAGGAAUACAUUCUCAAGAGAAUCUUAAUGUUCUCAGUGCCUACUCCAAUUAUUGCAUUUGAUGGACCAGUUGGAAAGAUAAGCGAGCUAGAGGAUGUGAAGGUAUAACAGAAUGUAAUAUUCGCUUUACAGUCAUAGGAUACUAAUUUGGUUAAGCUUUUUAAGGAAGUAGCUUCCCAGUUCAGAGAGCGAUUCUACUUUGUAACUCUGAAUGACUCUAAUCAAAACGAGACAUAGUAUUCUCAGCUGCAUGCAGUUGGAUUCAAUUUCACUAAAACUCUUAAUAUUCAGUACAAUAAGAAGAAUCCAGCCUUAACAAAAAUGUAUUUACAAGCUGCUGUAUAGGAAUGGCAAUCACAGGAUCUUAAAUAUUGGGACUUCAAGCGUCACAUCUAAAAUUAAACAUAUAUCGAUUCACUUGAGGGUAAACUUAUCAUAGUUGGCAUGGCAGGAAAACAGACUAGCUAUCUAACUACAGAUUUUCUAUAUGACUUCAGAAAGCUAGCUUAGCACUUUAGGUACUCUUUGAAUAAGUAUGAGUUUGCAUUGAUUGAUAUUGACAACGAGGAGAUGUUCAAUUACCUAACUACUUAUCAGUUGGGCAGAUUUGAUAGUCCAGGCAUCUUUAUAAUAGAGGACAUCCAUUUGUAGAAAUACUACAGGAACUAUGAAACUUACAAUGGAAACAGAAACUUCAAGAACAUCUCGGAUAACUUGAUAGCUGCCGUGAAUCUCGGAGAAAAGAGUCCUCUAUAUUCAUUCUGGAAAGACUGCUACUUGAAUUUAGUGAAUAUUGAGCACUGGAAUAACAAUAGAUUAAAGGGUUAUAUGUACUUCCUUGGAGUCAUAUCUACAGUCGUCUUACCUUUCGCUGUUCUGCUAGACUGCUUCUUCCCGAUAUUUGGAAGAGGGCCACAUGCUAGAAAGAAGAAGGAGGGAGAUGAUCAGCAGCAACAUGGUUCCAGCAAGGCUGACAAGUCUCCAUUACACAGCAAGAAGCAAUAAGAGUCAAACUAGAAAUAAGAAUCUCACCACUAAGACAAGUCUGACAAGAAGAAUAACUGA